GGAAAAGAAAAUAACCACUGACUGCACAUUAAUUUGUAAGGAAAAUAAGAUGAAUAUUACUAGAAGCCAAGGAAAAUAUGGAUGAUAUAAAUAUAUCCACACGAGAGCCAGAGAAUUCUCUUCACCCCGCUAGCUAGUAAACGUUCAUGACUUCUUCCUACUUCUUUAAGUUCCCGGGUCUAUCAAUCCGACGUAGUAUUAAUCAAUUAACUUCAGCUGUGGAAUUUCGACAUUUUCCGACGACCUGACAAACUUUUCCGCAACCCCUCAGGCCUAUAUAAACAUGCCUACAUUCUCAACAUUUUAUAUCCGCACAACAUAUUAAUUCAAUCUCUCCAUAGCCAUGAAUUCUUUCAAUCUUCUUAUAAGCGUUUCUGCUUUUGCUCUCGUUUCAACUUUCUUGGUUCAUUCCACCAAUGCGGCCAUUUUUGAUAUCCGCAACAACUGUCCUUACACUGUCUGGGCCGCAGCCGUCCCCGGCGGUGGCCAGCAACUGAAUAGCGGCCAAACAUGGACGAUUAACGUGAACCCCGGCACGACCGGAGGCCGUGUGUGGGCCAGAACCGGAUGCAACUUCGACGGAAACGGCCGCGGGGGCUGCCAAACCGGCGACUGCGCCGGAGUUCUCGCGUGCACUGGCUACGGCCAGCCGCCGAACACUCUGGCGGAAUUCGCGCUGAACCAGUUUCAAAACCUUGACUUCUUUGAUAUCUCUCUUGUCGACGGGUUCAAUGUUCCGAUGGACUUUAGUCCGACCACCGGUUCCUGCCGCGGGAUCCAGUGCACCGCCGAUAUUAACGGGCAGUGCCCGAGUCAGCUCAGAACUAACGGCGGCUGCAACAACCCUUGCACGGUGUUCAAGACCGACGAAUACUGUUGCAACUCCGGCAACUGUGGGCCCACUGAUUUCUCCAGGUUUUUCAAGGAUAGGUGCCCGGAUGCUUACAGCUACCCGAAAGAUGACCAGACUAGUACAUUUACUUGCCCCGGAGGAACCAACUAUCGGGUCGUCUUUUGCCCGUAAAGGAGGGAAAUGGAUCGAUCCAGAUUAUUAGCUCUUCCUUAAUUAAGUAUGAAUAAUUAAACAUCCAUGUUUGACUUGACUUUCUUGCAGAGUUGGUCAAAUAUGCGUGGAUGAAAUGCGCGAGAAUAAUUUGUAGCGUGUACAAAUUGCUUCAUAAACGAUGAAUUCUGAUAUAUAUGUGAGAUACAUGUUAUCUAGCGAAGUAUGAUUUCUCUUGAUGAUUUGGUUGUCAAAUGCGAUUAUAUUGUUUCCCCCCUUUUCUUUGAUCUUAAUUGGACUUGUUGUAAAUUUUGAGGAAAAAUCGAUAUGGGAGGAAGACCAAC